ACCCUUUUCCCAUUUUCUCUCUCUCAAUCUCUCUCUCUCCUCUCUCUUUCAUUUCCACCCUAAAACCCUUUUCAAUUUCUUCUCAUUUUCUAGGUCUAGGUCAAAUCCAUUUCCACCCUCAAAAUGCGUCAAAUCCUUCACAUUCAAGGUGGCCAAUGUGGUAACCAAAUCGGUUCAAAAUUCUGGGAAGUUGUUUGCGCUGAACAUGGAAUCGACCACACCGGAAGAUACGGUGGUGACUCAGAUCUUCAACUUGAGAGGAUCGAUGUUUACUACAAUGAAGCUGGUGGUGGUCGUUAUGUUCCACGAGCGGUUCUUAUGGAUCUUGAACCGGGUACUAUGGAUAGUAUCCGGUCUGGACCGUACGGUCAGAUCUUUAGACCGGAUAACUUUGUUUUUGGUCAGAGUGGUGCUGGUAAUAAUUGGGCUAAAGGUCAUUAUACUGAAGGCGCUGAGCUUAUUGAUUCCGUUCUCGAUGUUGUUCGUAAAGAAGCUGAGAACUGUGAUUGCUUGCAGGGUUUUCAGUUGUGCCAUUCUCUUGGUGGAGGAACUGGAUCUGGAAUGGGUACUCUGUUGAUUUCCAAGAUCAGGGAAGAAUAUCCAGACAGGAUGAUGCUUACCUUCUCAGUUUUUCCUUCUCCUAAGGUUUCAGACACUGUGGUUGAACCCUACAAUGCUACUCUAUCUGUUCACCAGCUUGUUGAAAAUGCAGAUGAGGUCAUGGUUCUUGACAAUGAAGCAUUGUAUGACAUUUGUUUCCGCAUUCUGAAGCUCAGCAACCCAAGCUUUGGUGAUCUGAAUCAUUUGAUAUCAGCAACUAUGUCUGGUGUUACAUGUUGUUUGAGGUUUCCUGGUCAGCUAAACUCCGAUCUUCGGAAACUUGCUGUGAAUCUCAUUCCAUUUCCGCGUCUUCACUUUUUCAUGGUGGGAUUUGCACCUUUGACCUCACGUGGCUCUCAGCAGUACAGGACUCUGAGUGUCCCCGAGCUCACUCAGCAAAUGUGGGAUGCCAAGAACAUGAUGUGUGCUGCUGACCCUAGGCACGGGCGAUACCUCACUGCAUCUGCCAUGUUCCGAGGCAAGAUGAGCACCAAGGAGGUUGAUGAACAAAUGAUGAAUGUUCAGAACAAGAACUCAUCCUACUUUGUGGAAUGGAUUCCAAACAAUGUCAAAUCCACUGUCUGUGAUAUUCCACCAACAGGAUUGAAGAUGGCUUCGACAUUCAUCGGAAACUCCACUUCCAUUCAGGAAAUGUUCCGUAGGGUGAGCGAGCAGUUCACUGCUAUGUUCAGGAGAAAGGCUUUCUUGCAUUGGUACACUGGGGAAGGCAUGGACGAGAUGGAAUUCACAGAAGCUGAGAGCAACAUGAAUGAUCUGGUUGCUGAGUAUCAACAGUACCAAGAUGCGACUGCUGAUGAGGAUGAAUAUGGAGAGGAAGAAGGAGAAGAGGAAGAGUAUGGACAACAUGACAUGUGAUCUUGAAUGAAGGAACGUGCAGCAACUUCAUGUUGCUGUUUCCAGCUAGCACUAGUUUCUUUAUAUUUGAAUCAUUACUAUAUGCUUGUAAAAUUGUUUUUGGUUUUAUUGUGACCUGUUGGUAGGGGAGAAAAGACAGCAAUCAAUUGUUAUUUUUUUGUUGGAAUUAAUCAUUAACAUUUGAUUCAAAAGUUGCGGGUAUUAUUACAUUAAAAUGAUUGCCGUCAAGGAAUUCAUUGA